CACCAACUAACUUGGACAAAUUUCACAUCUCCGGCGUCAAACUCGCAUCCUCGUUCCCCGACUACCAGCACACAGCCAGCACCGCGAAGAUGGGACGAGUACGAACAAAGACCGUCAAGAAGUCCGCCAAGGUCAUUAUUGAACGCUACUACCCCCGACUCACCUUGGACUUUGAGACAAACAAGCGAGUCUGUGAUGAGAUAGCCAGUAUCGCGUCCAAGCGCCUGCGCAACAAGGUCAGCAACAUGCAGCCCUCCCGACGUCCUGCUGGGGCUGUACGGGCGACGGAAUUGGGGAGAGAAGAAAGCGUCACGGGAGCGAAUUCCGUCAUCCUCGUUAUACUAACCCGAAACCCACAGAUUGCCGGCUACACGACCCAUUUAAUGAAGCGAAUCCAGCGAGGACCCGUCCGCGGUAUUUCCUUCAAGCUGCAAGAAGAAGAGCGAGAACGCAAGGACCAAUACGUCCCCGAGGUUUCUGCUCUCGACUUCACCCAGACUGAGGCCGGCCAGCUUGACAUCGACGUCGAGACAAAAGAUUUACUGAAGCACCUUGGCUUCGACAGUAUCCCCGUCAACGUCGUCCCCGUCACGCAGCAGCAGUCCAUCGAGCGGCCCCGACGAUAUAAUGACCGCCCCCAGCGGUAGAGGGUGGGCCGCAGCUUCACAAAUUAAGAAAAGGGGGAAAAAGGUCCGGAAAAUGACCAGAUCUUUUCCGUGCUCGAGGUGUCCCCGAUUCUCUGGCGCUCGCCGGAGAUGACGGUUGAUUGCCAUUUUCCCUCUCCCCUUCCGGUGCGACGCAGGUGACUCGUUACCAGCCCAAUCCACUUAAGCAGAGGUAGGUUGUAACCGUCUGUAGCAUACAAACGACUAUAGCUGGAUACUAUUC